CCCUCCCUACUCACAAAUGGAGGUACCUUCUUGGCGCUGAAGACCUGGAAAGGAAAAAAAGCAGAUCUAGAUAGAGGUGGAAGUACAUAGAGAACACGAGGGAGAGACAGAGACAGAUACCAAACCAAACUCCAUUUUGCAUGUGUCUUUGGAGCCGAGGCUGAUGGGGUGGUGGCAUGUGGAGGUGUCACUCUGAGGUUUCCCCCCGGCUCCUUCCUAACCUCUGGCGUUUGGUGUCUGCAGAAUGGCGCGCUUUGGAGACGAGCUACCCAACAGGUACGGAGGAGGAGGAGGUGGUGGUGGCGGUGGUGGCGGGGGUGCCGGCGGACAAGGGGGGCCCGGCCGUGGCGGCAGCAGGCAAGGUGGGCCCCCCGGGGCGCAGCGGAUGUACAAGCAGUCGAUGGCCCAGAGAGCCCGGACCAUGGCCCUGUACAACCCCAUACCCGUCCGGCAGAGCUGCCUAACGGUCAACCGCUCCCUCUUCCUCUUCAGCGAAGACAACGUGGUGAGGAAGUAUGCCAAAAAGAUCACCGAAUGGCCUCCAUUUGAAUGGAUGAUCCUCACCACCAUCAUAGCAAACUGCAUUGUCCUGGCUCUGGAACAGCACCUUCCUGAUGGAGACAAGACACCUUUGUCCGAAAGACUGGAAGAGACAGAGCCCUACUUCAUUGCCAUAUUCUGUUUUGAGUCUGGAAUCAAGAUCCUGGCUUUGGGAUUUGCAUUACAUAAGGGCUCCUAUCUAAGGAACGGCUGGAACGUCAUGGACUUUGUAGUAGUCCUCACUGGGAUUCUGUCCUCUGUGGGGUCACAGCUGGAUCUGAGGACGCUUCGAGCUGUGAGAGUGCUGCGGCCACUAAAGUUGGUGUCUGGAAUUCCCAGCCUACAGGUGGUCCUCAAGUCCAUAAUGAAGGCCAUGAUCCCCCUGCUUCAGAUUGGUCUGCUGUUGUUCGUGGCUAUCCUCAUGUUCGCCAUCAUCGGCUUGGAGUUCUACAUGGGAAAAUUCCACACGACCUGCUAUGAUGACAUUACAAAAGAGACAGUGGAAGAACGUCCAUGUGGUAAUAAAACACCUUCCCGAUUGUGCCCUAAUGGAUCAACAUGUAGUCCUGGAUGGAUUGGACCAAACUAUGGCAUCACCCAGUUUGACAACAUCCUGUUCGCUGUUCUCACAGUCUUCCAGUGCAUCACUAUGGAAGGAUGGACAGACAUGCUCUACUACAGCAAUGACGUGGAGGGCAGCAUGUGGAACUGGAUGUAUUACAUCCCCCUUAUCAUCAUCGGCUCCUUUUUCAUGCUCAACCUGGUGCUGGGUGUACUUUCAGGGGAAUUUGCCAAAGAGAGGGAACGGGUGGAAAACAGGAGUGAGUUCCUUAAGCUGAGGCGACAGCAGCAGAUUGAGAGAGAGCUCAAUGGAUACUUGGAGUGGAUCUGCAAAGCAGAGGAGGUGAUUCUGGCUGAGGAAGAUGCUACGGGGAACUUUGAUGGUUCGAGACGAAGGCCAACCAUCAAAACCAGAAAUAACAAAACAGAGCUUCUAAAUCAAGAGGAAGGAGAGGACAAUAUAGGAGAUGCAGUAGGAUUUGCUCGUUCCAGUAUAAAGAGCACUAAGGAAGGCACCAACUACAGUAAAAAAGAGCGACGACUGCGAUUCUUCAUCCGGAAGAUAGUGAAGACGCAGGCCUUCUAUUGGACAGUUCUCUGCCUGGUGGGCCUCAACACCAUCUGUGUGGCCGUGGUGCAUUACAACCAGUCAGAGCUUCUUUCUGACUUUCUCUUCUAUGCAGAGUUCAUCUUCCUCGGUUUGUUCAUGUCUGAGAUGCUGAUCAAGAUGUAUGGUCUGGGCAUCCAGCCCUACUUCCACUCUUCAUUUAACUGCUUCGACUGUGUGGUUAUUGUUGGCAGCAUCUUUGAGGUUGUGUGGGCCACCAUAAAACCAGGCACAUCAUUCGGCAUCAGCGUGUUACGAGCUCUCAGGCUGUUGCGCAUUUUCAAAGUCACCAAGUACUGGGCACCACUUAGAAACCUGGUGGUUUCUCUGUUGAACUCCAUGAAGUCCAUUGUCAGCUUGCUCUUCCUCCUUUUCCUCUUUAUUGUGGUCUUUGCUUUGUUGGGGAUGCAGCUUUUUGGAGGACAAUUCAACUUUGAAAGUGGAACUCCACCUACCAAUUUUGAUACUUUUGCAGCAGCAAUCAUGACAGUGUUUCAGAUCCUGACAGGAGAGGACUGGAAUAUGGUGAUGUAUGAUGGCAUUGAGUCACAAGGAGGAGUAAAUGACAAAGGAAUGGUCUUCUCCAUCUUCUUCAUCGUCCUCACACUCUUUGGCAACUACACACUGCUGAAUGUCUUCUUGGCUAUCGCUGUUGACAAUCUGGCCAAUGCCCAGGAACUCACCAAGGAUGAAGAAGAACAGGAAGUGGCAGCUAACCAAAAGACAGCACUACAGAAGGCUAAGGAAGUGGCAGAGGUCAGCCCACUAUCUGCUGCAAACCUGUCAAUUGCUGCGAAGGAGCAGCAGAAGAACCACAACAAGGCCAACAAGUCUGUGUGGGAGCAGAGAACCAGUGAGAUUCGGCGACAAAACCUGAUGACGAGCCGCGAGGUGCUGUACAAUGAGCUGGAACAGGAUGACUGGAAGGUUGAAGGAGAAGGAGAGGUUUCAUACCCACAGAAAGCACGUGGUGAUAUGAAAACACACCUGGACAGACCUUUGGUGGUAAACCCACAGGACAAUCGCAACAACAACACCAACAAGACCCAACCUGGUGAGCUGCCACUGGAUCAGCAGUAUCGACGGCAGGAUAUUGAUCACCGCCGUCGUGCUACCCACCACUGCCACUACCGCCACCAUCAACAUCAGAAACCCACUAACCCAGUCAGUGUAGAUACAAGCCAGCUUAUGGAAACCAACAUAGGGCAUGGUUUCAGCUGCACAUCUCUGGGUAACAUAGAAGGAAACAUGGAACGCCACCAAGACGAGGAGAAACACAGCCACCGGAGUCAUCGAGGCCAUCGACACAGGAACAGAGAGUGCAGGGAGGCUCGCAGCAUUUCUCCCCAUCAUAGUGAAGGUGCAGAUGGCAAUGGUGAGGCAAGGAGGUGCCGACAGUACCGCAGGACAGCCAAGGAGGGGGACGAGGGCAGAAGACAUCAAUGUAGGGCAACAGAGGGAGAUGGAGAGAAAAGUGAGGAAGAGGGUGGACAGAAGACAAGACGACAUUGGCAUUGCAACCAGGAAAGAUGCAGAGGACAUCGUGUCAGAAAAGAACACCACAGCACCUGUCCCAGCCUCUCAACUACACGACCCAUACAGCAGUAUAACGAGGACCUUGACAACUUCCGCAACAACAGCAAGCUGGCCAGUGCCCAUGAGCACCCUUAUGAUCUCCCACCCGAUCACCCAGAUCAUCCAGACCACCUCAACAACCUGCUGAACUGCCAUGAUGCAGACACCCACACCUUGCUUCAUAGCAUGGACAGUCUCAUCUUGACCAGCAUGGCAAAGCCUGACUACACCACGAUAGACAUGCCCCCUGUGUACCCCUAUCCCUCGACCAAUGCCAUCUUACAAGUGAACAAGAAUGCCAACACUGACCAGAAGAAAAGCGAGGAGAAGAAGGAAGAGGAGGAUGAGGGUGAAGAUGAAGAUGGCCCUAAGCGCAUGCCUCCCUAUAGUUCCUGCUUCAUAAUGUCUACGACCAACCCGUUUCGGAAGUGCUGUCACUACAUCCUUACUCUGAAGUACUUUGAGUUCAGCAUCCUGUCUGUCAUCGCUAUGAGCAGCAUCGCCCUUGCAGCAGAGGAUCCUGUCAAGCCUGACUCACCACGAAACAAUGUGCUGCGGUAUUUUGACUACGUUUUCACAGGGGUCUUCACAUUUGAAAUGUUGAUCAAGAUGGUUGUGCUGGGCUUGUUUCUCCACCAAGGGUCUUACUUCCGUGACUUGUGGAACAUUCUGGACUUUAUAGUGGUUAGUGGUGCUCUGGUGGCCUUCGCCUUCACGGGGAGCAGCAAAGGUAAAGACAUCAGUACAAUUAAAUCCCUGCGUGUGCUGAGGGUACUACGUCCACUUAAGACCAUCAAGCGCCUCCCCAAGUUAAAGGCAGUUUUUGACUGUGUGGUGAACUCCCUGAAGAAUGUGUUAAAUAUCCUAAUCGUCUACAUGCUCUUCAUGUUCAUCUUUGCUGUUGUGGCUGUGCAGUUGUUUAAGGGCCGCUUCUUUUACUGCACAGACGAAUCAAAAGAAUUCGAACGGGACUGCAGGGGCGAAUAUUUAGUUUAUGAAAAAGAAGAAGUAAAAGCUGAGAAGCGGGAAUGGAAGAAGUACGAUUUUCACUACGACAACGUGGCUUGGGCCUUGCUCACCCUCUUCACCGUCUCCACCGGAGAGGGGUGGCCACAGGUGUUAAAACACUCAGUGGACUCCACUUAUGAGGAUCAGGGCCCAAGUCCGGGUUACAGGAUGGAAAUGUCCAUCUUUUACGUGGUGUACUUCGUUGUCUUCCCUUUCUUCUUUGUCAACAUCUUUGUGGCUCUCAUCAUCAUCACCUUCCAAGAGCAAGGGGAUAAGAUGAUGGAAGACUACAGCUUGGAAAAGAACGAAAGAGCCUGUAUAGAUUUUGCCAUUAAUGCCAAGCCUCUGACUCGCCACAUGCCAAAGAACAAACUGAGCUUCCAGUAUCGUAUGUGGCAUUUUGUUGUGUCCCCUCCCUUCGAGUAUAGCAUCAUGGCUCUGAUUGCACUCAACACAAUUGUCCUGAUGAUGAAGUUUGAAGGUGCAUCUAAGAGUUACGAUAAUGUGCUAAAGUACCUAAACAUUGUGUUCACCACCUUCUUCUUUAUGGAAUCUAUCCUGAAAAUCAUUGCUUUUGGUCCUUUGAAUUACUUCAGAGACGCCUGGAACGUUUUUGAUUUUGUCUCAGUCAUCGGAAGCAUUACUGACAUAUUGGUAACAGAGUUUGGGGAUAAUUUCAUCAACUUGAGCUUCCUGAGGCUUUUCAGGGCAGCUCGUCUCAUUAAGCUCCUGAGACAGGGGGAAACAAUCCGGAUCUUACUAUGGACUUUUGUCCAGUCCUUUAAGGCUCUGCCAUAUGUGUGCCUGCUCAUUGCCAUGCUCUUUUUCAUCUACGCCAUCAUUGGCAUGCAGUUGUUUGGAAACAUAGCUCUAGACGAGGAGGAAGAAAGUGCCAUCGAUGAGCACAACAACUUCAGAACUUUCAUUAUGGCCUUAAUGCUGCUAUUCCGGAGUGCUACAGGUGAGGCAUGGCAUGAAAUCAUGCUGGCGUGCCUGGGAGAGAAAAAAUGCGACCCAGACUCAGGAAAUACAGGGAAGGAGUGUGGCAGCACCUUUGCCUACACAUACUUUGUCUCCUUUAUUUUCCUCUGCUCCUUCCUGAUGCUAAAUCUCUUUGUGGCUGUCAUCAUGGACAAUUUUGAGUACCUGACCAGAGACUCAUCUAUUCUUGGGCCCCACCAUUUGGACGAAUAUGUAAGGAUUUGGGCUGAAUACGACCCAGCUGCCUGUGGGCGCAUACAUUAUAAGGAUAUGUACAGUUUAUUGCGAGUUAUCUCCCCUCCUCUGGGCCUUGGCAAGAAAUGCCCACAUAGGGUGGCCUGCAAGAGGCUCCUUCGCAUGGAUCUGCCCGUUGCUGAUGACAACACAGUUCAUUUUAACUCCACCCUCAUGGCUCUGAUCAGGACAGCACUGGAUAUAAAGAUUGCCAAGGGCGGUGCAGAUAAGCACCAGAUGGAUGCAGAGCUGAGAAAGGAGAUGAUGGCUAUCUGGCCAAAUUUAUCACAGAAGACUCUGGACCUGCUGGUUACUCCACACAAGGCAGCCACAGACUUGACGGUGGGCAAAAUCUACGCUGCCAUGAUGAUCAUGGAAUACUACAGACAGAGCAAGACCAAAAAGCUGCAGGCCCUGCAAGAGGAACAGUGCUCCUCCCUUCCUAACCGAACGCCAUUAAUGUUUCAGCGCAUGGAGCCACCCUCUGAGGGAGGGGGCACUGACGGCCAGGGGGGGCAAGGCCAGAAUGGUCUCCCCAGCACUCAGCCAAACAACAUCAACAGCAUACCUCCUGAAGGUGGCUUGACUGAAAGCCAAUCGUGGAUGACGGCUAAAGCACAGGAAAUGUUCCACAAGACUGGUAACUGGAGCCCGGACCAACCCUACCCUGACGACAUCCAUGCGAACCGCCACAAUCCCCAGACUGUAGAGAUGAGGGAGAUGGGGCGGGACGGGUACUCCAACACUGAGCCCUGUCACCCAAUGGAUGGGCAUGGGCGGACCCUCUCCAUGCCCCGCCUCUCGGCAGACAACCAACGGAGGAGACACAGACCCCGUGGAAAUAACCUCAGUACCAUCACUGACAAUAGUCCAAUGCGACGCUCUACCUCCAGUCUAGUCCACGGGCGUUCAGGUCGUGGAGUGAGGCUGGAUGAUUACUCGUUGGAGAGGGUGGUCUCUGAGGAGGGGAGACACGGCGGUGGGCGCAGGCACAGGGACAGAAGUCAUCGUACUUCACAGCGAUCACUGACCAGAUAUACAGACGCUGACACAGGUAUCAUAUCUAUUUCAUGUCUAGGUCUGGGCACAGACCUCAGCACCACUACACAGUCAGGGGAUCUGCCUCCCAAGGACCGUGAGCGGGACCGUGGGCGCACCAAGGACCGGCGUCAUCACCACCACCAUCACCGUCAUCACAGCUCAAUUGACAAGGAGCGCUUUGACCACCAUGACUACCCACAUAGACAACCCCAUGACCGCCACUGGUCCCGGUCCCCUAGUGAAGGGGCUGAUGGAAGAAGUCACAAACAGGGCAGUAGUUCGGUAAGUGGCAGCCCGGUCCCCUCUACCUCUGGGACCAGCACUCCAAGGAGAGGCCGCCGCCAGCUACCACAGACUCCUGCUGUUCCACGUCCACACGUCACCUACUCCCCUGCUGUCCGAAAGCCUCUCUAUGGUCCACCGGGUCAAGGCCGUUUGCGCUCACCCUCCCCUCGACACUUCUCUCCGCCGGAUCACGACAGAGGCUAUCACCACCGACCCCCAUCACGUCACGCCUCUCCACAUCACGGCGGCUCCUCGUCCAGGCACGGUUCGCCACGCUCACCUCGACAUCAGUCCCCACACUCACCACUCCACGGGUCACCUCGGUCUCCACACCGAAACCGCUGGAGUGGUCCCCCACCAGGGGACAGCCUAGAGGGUGAUGGGCCCUUCUAUGAGAGAGAUUACGAGUACGAGCGGCACCAUGAGCCUCCCGCCUAUGAGCAGAGCCUCUCCCAUGGCAACCCUCAACCACAUAGUGGAAAUCCUCACCCACAUCCACGCUCACCAAGGACUGCUCAUCAUGGGCCCCCUCUGGCCCCUCACCCGCAUCCACGUAGGGUUCCCAAUGGCUACCGUUCAUCCUCACCUUCUCCACAUAGGAGGGGACCACCAGGGGCACCUCACCCUCACCACCGGCCUCCACAUGCCAGAGGGCCCCGCAAGGGCCUCCAUGAACCUUAUAGUGAGACGGAUGAGGAUGACUGGUGCUAGCGACGGCAUGAGAUGCAGACAGCGGAGGAGAAUAAGAACCAUCACCUCCUGUGCUCUGGCAUUUAUGUAAACGUUUAACAAUGUGAUGGUGAAGUUUUUGAGACCCCCUACCUUCCCCCAUUAGACUCUAAAAAAGAUGUAGUAGGGGUGGAGGUAGGGGGGCAGUGGUGCUGCUAGGAGUCUUUUACUAAUUUUGCAGAAAAAUAAAAUCUCUGUCUGAGCAGCACAUGGGUAUGCUUACAUCGAGAAAGUCCAGAAAACUUAGACAAGGCCAGGGCACAGGAUACCUCUGCCUCUCUCAGUCUCAGAACUACACUUCCCAUAACUAGCCUACACCAUCAAGGUCCAGUUUAAAGGGAGAAGAGAGUUGAGGGAACAGAGAUCCAAGGAGGAGCAUGUGGUUCUAAAACAACGUGAUGUGAUUGUUUCAAGGCCUAACAGCAUUUUGCUUGAACUGGCACGUGAUUGCUUAGAUUUGACAGAUGUGUGCAAGCUCUCACUGGCCAGACUACCUUCAGAAAAUAGCAAAUAAGCUGGACUAAGGAGUACACCGCUUUGACUCUGCUCUAAAACAGAUAAGUUUGAAGAAACAAAAUUCCGUAAUAAAUAGCCAGGAUCCUCCCACUAACCCUUACAUGCCAAGCUAUGCCUCCAGAAAAUGAAACUUGAACAAUGAAUAAGACAGUGAAACUUUACAUGACAGUGAAAAUUUUAAAAAGAGAGUACUUUUACUUUAUCUUAAUGACCUCUCUGUGUCCAAGAGGACAGAACCUAUGAAGCUCCGCCUAUACUGCAAAACCCAGCCAAUCACAGAGCUGGCUGAUAUUUGAUGAGUUUUAUCAUCUCUGUUUACUGUUAUGGACUCACUUAAUGGGGAUGGAACUGCUGUGACAUCACUUCCUGUCCAGAUGGCGCUGGAUGAAAAGUGGGGAGGCCCGACGUGGGCUCACUUCCUGUUAAAGAGCACCAGAGGGAUGGGUCCAGGUUACUAGAGAAGGGAGCUGGUCACUUUGUCAGUCUUUACCCUGUUCUGUUAAUUGACCCAGCAUACAGAGAAUGAGGACCUGACAGGAAAUGACAUCACGCAAUUGAACAUGGCGGAGGAUAGGAAAGGAGGGAUGGGGAAAAAACAGACUAAUUCAGUAUUUCUUCUAUCGAUUGCUUCUCCUUGUUCUUCUUCGGACAUUUGGAGCUUGGUUCUUCUGUUUCAUUUGCUCAGCCUCCUUUGAUCUUUUUCAGAGUCCAAAAAUCGAUGGAAACCUGCAUGAUUGAUAUAAUCCAUUCUAGAGAGGAAAUCUAAGUGGUGUGGGUGGGAAUGGGACCUGGGGGGCUUUAUAGGAAACUUAACAUUUAUGUUCACAAAAGAAGUUAUCUUCUUUCAGACUCUCUUUCUCCGUGUCUCUGACUGUCAAACCUGUCAAGGGUAAUAUUUUGUAUUUUCUUUGUCUUGAAACAGACUAACAGAUUGGCAGGUAUUUUUUUGUCUCAGUUUUCUGUUAAAAGCUCAGUUUCUGCAAACUGUUAAGAGACAAACAAGAAAAAAACCUUUACAGGGUCAUGUUGGUGUCCUGUCUUUUGAGAAAUAUAAAGUGGAGAGAGAGAGUGGACAGAAGCAAACUUCUACCACACUUAAGUUGCUAUUGUUGAUGAUAACAGAAAUUAAUAAUGAUAUUUAAUGUCAUUGCAAAUGAGUGACAAUGAUGAUAUUGUUGACGAUUGACUGAAUGUUAGAAGUGUUGCUGUAGACUUGCUGUUAUGUUAAUUGGAGUUCAGAUAUGCUAUGUCCAUCUAGUUUUUCCAUUCCUUAUGUUGAUAUCCCGUGUUCAGUGAUGUUUACCGGUUCCUGAUGCCUUCAUGCAAUAUUUUUAGGCAUUGAUGGUUUUAUGAACAUUCACUCGGUAGAUUUGCGUGUUGUAACGCAGCUCUAAGCAAUGCAUUCUCUCCAGAAUAGUGGAGGUGGAAGUCAGGGGAGUCUCAGUAUCUGUCCUGCAGUGACCCAAAGGGUCUCAUAAAGCCAGCCCAAAGAUCAGUCACUUGUGCUUAGAGUAUAACACACUGAGAAAGUGAAAGAUGAUUUUACAUGGUUCUUUUUAUUGUUCUAGGAUUGACAUUCUCCAACUUGUUGCCAAAAAAAAAAUCAAUGAAUCUCAAGCCUUUUUUUGUUUUGUUUUGGCUCUAUAGUUUAUCUGUGGGAUUAGUUGUCAGCACUUGAAAGCACAGCAUUGGUGGUACAGGGUUGGUGUCAGUCAGAUGGUCUUUUUGCCACUAGAGGGCAGUUAUCACCACCCAUUUUUCCCCUGCCUUCCCCCUCUACUGGACAGUGCUUUUUGGCCACAUCCUAAUGUCCCGCCUUGCAAUCGACGUCCACUUUCCAAAAAAGUUUUAAUGAAUAUAAAUCAGAUAAAUCAUUCAGGAAACAUUGAUGUGCCCUGAGAGCUGUUGUAUCUUUCCAUUUGUCACCUCAUUUUUCCACCUGCCCUCCCAUUAGCCCUUUUUGUGAAGGCACCCCAGCCCAGUUAAGUGAGUUUGUAGCAAAUCUGAAUCUUUCUCCAUCAAAAAAUUUUUUAAAAAUGCUUAAGAGACUACCAACUUUUCUUUUCUCAUCUAGCUUUGCCAAUUCAUUUGCUUUAACAGCAUAAUAAUAAUAAUACUAUUUUAACCCUUAUUGUUAUGAAGGACAACAGUUAUUGAAUGAUUAAUAAUUCUAGAAUAAAAUAAUAGAGCAUAGAUAAAGAUAGUUUAUUGCCUAAAGAUGAACAUAGAUAUAAUGUUGUAGGUGUAGUUAUAAAUAAAAUACAAAUAUAAAUAGAAUUUCAGAUAUUUAUUCAUUUUGCAUACUAAUGCUACUUUUUGUCAUGCAAUAUCAGAAAUCAGAGGCAAACCGCAGCACAAACACACACAUUGUGACACUAUGCAGACCUCAUUUGCAUCUUGAGAGGGAAUCCUGCAGCCCCGAAGUGCUGCAAAACAAAUUAGUGUGCCACUUUUUCAUCUCGUCAUGCAACAUCACACCCACAGUGAAAUUUCCUUUUUAUGUACAUCUGUUGCUGCUAUCUUUUAACCAUUCUGUGGCAGAUCCCUUCUCCCUGUUGAAAUUUCUCUGCUUUCUUGAGAUUUGUUGCCUAUAGGCCAUGAUUUUAAGCAUAGCAUGGUGAAUUGGAUUGGGGGAGGUUUUUUGUGAGUUCAGUGGAAGUAAAGGGGUGCUUACCAUUAAACCUUCUGUCCUCACUUUCCAAUAAGUUACAGCAGGUGAGGAUUGUUCUCCAAAGCCCCCUAAGGAGCCACAGUGCCUUCUGUAUCUGAGUCACAUUAAUCAACCCCUGACUCCCCACUCACAGUUGCUCUCGUCAGAAACCCCCUGCCCCUUACCUCCCUUGUGUAGAAGAUGUGAUCAACCACGCUACGCCUUAAAAUCAAAUCUCACCGGCUCCCAUGCUAGCAUUUGAAACAGGGAGAGUGAUGAUUUUGAAACUGGGCCAAGGUCAGGAAACAGUCAAGAGGCUAGGCUUCAUGCACAUUCAGAAUGGGCUGAACUAUUUAAAUCUCCCAUUCAUGCACUCAGUUUUGUAACAGCUACAAAAAUCAUAAGAGACCCUCACAGUUUCAAUCUGAGCCUUGUGCUUUAGACUUUUAAAACUCAACGGCCAUCAUUUCCAGAUCCUGCUAGCUGGCUAGCCCCUUUGGCUUCGGCAUAGCGCUUAUUUAUGUCCAUCCUACAGUUGUCCUGUGUACAGUUUCAGAUGACGUAGUUAGAGGUUUACAGGGGUGCAAAGCUUUUUGCUUACUUCUCAGGUCCCUCUAGAGCUAGGUAGCUAGUUAGACUUACAUAGGGAAGAAACCGCUACAGAACAGGCAGCUCUCAGAUUGAGUUAUUGUAUGGUUUUACUUGGCAUUGUUUCUUAUUGUUGAUCUCACCCCUCUUCUUUCACCACAAGUACAAUACACACUUCAAGCUCUUGCAUUUCAUUCAAAAGCUGGCAGAAUGCACCAAAACGACACAACUUUCAUUUAGCCUCCACUCGCUCGUCCUAAAUUGUAACAGCGGAUCCCAAAAGGCUGACACACAACAUUGUCCUUGUGUGAAAGCAUGGUGCGUGUAUGAGCUUUUUCCAAAACCUUAUCCCAUUAGUUUGGAAAAAAUACAAAUAUUUGUUUUUUCAGUAUGAUAUAAUUAUUUUAUGAAACACGGUUUAGGGGUGAAUGCAAGGUUUUUGCUCAGUCAUCAUCUGACUUUAUAUCUGCUUUUUGUCUUAACCCCUGGCUUUUGUCACUCUUUGGUGUUAAGAUCUAGCUAAUCUUUUUUUUCCCUUUCUUCUUCCCCAUGGGAUUAAAGAAAAACUAACAAACACACCACCCAGUCUCUCAGUGGGCUGUAAAAUUGUGUCAGUGGGUCCGUUGUAAGAUAACGUUUUGACAAAAACACAAAAAGGGCUCUCUUUAAAAAAAAAAAACUACAUAGUGGGGAUUAUUGUACAGUAGUGCUGCCAAAAGUUGUGCUUAUGUAGCUAAAGCCACACUGUGGUCUCCCCUUUGUACAGCACUAUAGGUGUGUGUGUGUGUGUGUGUGUGUGUGUGAGGAGGGACAUUGAAAGGGGGCCAAAACAAGAUGAGUGGCUGAUGUUGUGGGGUACUGUUUUGGGUCGAGGGUGGGUGCUUUAGGCGGGGACGGCAGCAGAUGUUUUAGUGAUGUUGAUGAACAAUUUCACAAUGGCACUGGACCACUUUUCAAGCUCACGCUCAGACUCAGAUUUUUUCACCUUCAACUGAUCCUCAUCUACUCCUGCUUUGAGAGGGGCAGGGCUACCGCUGUGACAGGGAGACAUUUUACUCUGUGACUUUAUGUAUGUUGUAUCUGAGAGUCUGUAUGUGUUCUCCAUGCAGAUAAACUGGUGUUUACCUUUGCUAAGGCUGAAACUGUUUAAUCAAGUAUACAUUACAGGCCCUGUUCACACUAACACAAACAUUGUAAAAAACCGGUAAUUGCACCUCCAACCCACAAACCAACUAAUUUAUUCAUAGAUAAAAAACUGAGAUUGAAAAAAAAUACCAAAUUUUUUAGUUAAAAAAAAAAACUCAAUUAGUGCUGCAUCAAUAUGGAAUAGAUAUGUACAGAUUUAAAGAAACAAUUACCUAGAAGCUCACUUCAUGCCUACUAUUACUUUCUAAUGUAGAAACCACUUGGGUGUUGAUGUUGGAGGAUUUAAUGGGGAUUUUUUUCACAGCCGUUUUUCUUUGACUGUACUCUGUACCCAUUAAACUUUAAAUAGAAGCUCAAGGUCUUAAUGACUCAGAAUAAAGGAGUGUCAUAACCUAAUUUCCUUACACUAGAUCCAAGAAAAUCUGUUGAAAUCAUUAAUGGCCACAGUGGGUGUGAAACAUCCCCAAAGAAUUGAUGUACGAUCGAUACAAAAAGUACCAGAGUGGGAAAAGUUGGGUACGAAAUGACCAAAGUGUGGAAUUACAAGUGGAUGAAAUUACCGGCAGUUUCGCUAUCUUAGCACUGCUUUAGCUGUGCCCAACAUAAAAUGUCAACUUUGCCGCCACCUACUGGUACCGAAUACAAAUACAUAGAUUUAUUUUUCAAAAAUGAAUGGAAAAUUUUUUAUUUUAAACAAAAUUUUCAUAGCACAUUUGAUUUACCAGUGCUAAACAAGCUGUCUUUGUUUUCUCUAUAGCAUAAAUUUUCUCACUGUAGAUUUAUGCUAUCUACCAUAACAAAUUAUUCACGAGAAAUAUCAAAAUUCAAAGUUAUUUAACUUGCAAUCAUACAAUUUACUGAAUAAGCAAUUUUUCCCCAAACCAGCCUAUCAGCCGUUUAAUUUUUAAUUAGUUUGAUUAAUUGCCGAACUGAUUUGAUGUUUCAGCCUUUAUUGAGUGCUUGGGUGAGUGAUUUGUGAUUUGUCCAAGUGUAUCCUCACACCAUCAGCUGCAGAAGGUAACCCUCAGUGCCUUACACCGUACAAAACAUGAUGACUCUCUCCACUCAUGAUUAUCACUGCAUCAUCUCCUUUGUUUCUCAUCCUUACUCAUUCCCACACUGAAUGAGUAAGAACUGUGGGACUGUGUGUGUGUGUGUGUGGAUGUGUGAAAGAGUAAAUUGUGGGGGAGUUGGUUGAUAAUCUGUGAUAUGUCUUACUCAUCCUCUCAUCACGUCUCAUGGUCUCAUGUCAUCAGAUGUAUAUUUGGCUCUGUAAUUAAUGUGUAUAAAUUCCAUAAAGUUUCUGAAAAGCCCACUGUGUUCAUCGUCAUUAAUUCUGUUACGGUCUUAUUCUGAUUUAUUUCUCUUACUCAUUCCCACUCUUUACAUUUCGUCAUUCCAGCACAUUGUGUGCAUGUUAUACCAUGUUUGAACACAAGGUUGCAGGAUUAAGCUUUCUUUAGUCAACAUCAGUGAGACAGAGAAGACUGAGUGAGUUGAUGCCUGUCUGUGUGGGUGUGAUUUCUCUGUGACGGUCUGUCUGCAACAUGACUAUAUGUUCCUUACCCUUUAUGGAGACAAACAGGCUUUAGAACUGACAAAUAGGGGUGUCAGUUUAUUUAUCUGCAUUUUGGGACUCUAGCUAACAAAUUAUUUGAUGUGCACCAUAUAACAUCAUUCAGAAAUAUAAAUACACAUGUAGCAGAUGUUUGUAAUAUUUUGCAAACUUCUUUGCGCCUACUUAUUGAAAUUAAGAUUAAUACUUAUAAUCUGAUGGCUUCAUAAACCUAUGUGAACGUUCAUAGUUAUUAUUUCUGACACACAGGUUAGGUGUCUCCUGUCGCCUCUGCAUCCCUGAAGGACCCUCUCUUCAUUUUCAUCUCUCUCUCUCUGUCUUUCAUCUUUAAUUUUGUCUUCUCCAUUUGUUUCCAUGCGCUUAGUGGAGACAUGUUGCUUCAAGGGAUUUAUCCUCAGCGUUUCGUUCUCAAAGUCGACAUCAAACAUGCUGCAGGCAGAUCUACUUAAAAAAUACGUAAAAAGUGUCAAAUGAAUUUAAAGAACAGAUCAUAUUUAUUAGUGUUCCUCUUAAUAAACUAUCAGACCUACAAUAUUUUGUCAGUAAAGAUUUUAGAUAAUCAAACUAUGUAACUGAUGAAUAAACCUUAUAAAGAACAUAGUUUGUUGAGUCUACAGUAGCCAAAAUCCAUGAAAAUUAUGUGAAACAAGACAAAAUUUGUUGAAGUAAGAACUUUUUUAGAGUAAAUUGUUCCAAACACACAAACUCAGAGAGAGAAUUGAAUACCAAUGCUUCCAUGGGUAACAAUUUCCUACAAAUGGUUGAAUAUUUCAAAGCAUUCUGUGCAGAGGUGCAGCGGGAGAACUCUCUGAAGCAACUGCAAAGCAUCCAUCUCAUAAUGAAGCAUCCCAUCCGACGCUCGACCCAGUAGAAACGAACCAGUGCCACACUAGAAAAACCAUACAGGAUUCAUUCAGCAAGUUAGGAGAAAAAAGAACAAUAUGAGCAUACAUGGCAAUUUAAGAUACAAGAGAAGUAUUUAAUUACAGAUUUGCAUGUGCAAUGUGCAUGCCACUAUGUGGGGUUAAUAAAUCAAUUCAGGAACUAAAAAAUUAUAUUAAAUAUAAGAAAAAAGGAUAUAUAUGUAAAAAAUAUAUAUAUAUAUAGAGAUAGAUGUUUUUAAGAGCAAUGUGUUUCUUUUUCUUCUAUUUUUAAAAACAAAAAAUGUGAAAACCCUUUGCAAAAAAAAAAAAAGAAAAAAUAUAUAAUAAUAAAAAUGACAAAAAAUGGAAAUGAUUUUGGUGAUGAAAUCAAAGAAUGUUUGUUUAUUAUAUUUGCCAGUUCUUUCACUGGGGGGAAACCAUGGGGCAACAAAGUUAGAUAACACUUUGCCUAGGGGUAAAAAAAAUAAAAAUAAGAACAGAGGAUCUUAAAUAGUGGGACAAUGCAUACAUAGCUUUUCUUUGAUGAAAAACAACCCCUUUGAAAGUAAAGAGUUGCCUGAAUCUGAAUCUGGUGAUGUUAUUCCCAUUUAUUCUGGCUAUGAAAUCUCUUCUUUUUCUCCCUUUCUUUGACCAUCUCUUUCUCUUCCUCAGUUUCUUUCUCUAUCCUGUUGUUUCUAAAAGUGCAUUUUGUAAUUUAAAACUGAAUUCUUCCUAAAGAACCAGAAUAAACCAGAGAGAAUGCAUUAUACCCA